AUGGAUCACCAGCCACAACCUCAUACACGGCCAUCUCUGCCACCAAUAUCGAGUCUGCUGAAUUCCGUGCGGGAACAUUCUGAGCGAUCCAAUGUAGAUCACUCUUCACCAGAGGAUCGUAGACGUAGAAGGUCGGCCGGCUCACCUGGCCAGGAAAGCACAAGUCCCGAACGCCAUUCAAUCAGCCGAUCCCCUUACGUCCGCUCGCGACAGUCGCCUGAGCGUCCACUCGCAUCAAUCAUCGAUCUCAAGAGACCUUCGAACGCUUCGUCUGGUGCUUCAAAGGUUGACUUCACGCCAAAGUUAGAGACACACCACUCGCAAGAUACGGCGUACUCGUCGGUGCCGGAUUCAACUUCAUAUCCGCCAGUCCCAGACUCGAACCACGAGCGCGGCUACUCCGAUGUCUGGGACGCCAGCGACAGAGAGCGCUACAUCAAAUGGCAUCGCCAGCCAACGGCCACUACCACCAUUCAGCUCUCCACAACUCACACCACAAAGCGGUCCGUCGAUGGAGCCUCGAUUGGCUCCGACCUGGCAACAUCACCACUACUACCCAGCUACAAACCCACCAUCGUAUCCCCAGACCCAGGAACGGUACAUCUGUCCGACCUGUAG